AUGAGUGCAUCCAAAGUAUCCGCGGGUAUCCUACUCGUGAUGUAUUACCAUGCCAGAUUAAUGGGAAUGCUCAGCUUUAAAGUGGAGUGGAGUCAACGGAUAGAACUGAGAGCCCACCAUCGUCCUUGGUUGAUGUGGUUCUGUGUCCUCUAUCGGAUUGUGGCCAUGGGCAUAUUUGGUUACUUGUACUGCCUAUGGAUCCAGCGACUAGAGGAAUACAUGGAACAACUGUCUCAUGUGCUACGCAUAAUAAUUAUCACUCUGAUCUGCGUUUACAUAGUUCGACUGCAGCUGCUAUGCAAAACAGAGACAAUUCAAUUGGUCAACGCCUGUCUGCACCUCUUCCGUCGGGUUCGAGCUCUACCCAGCCGAAAAACAUUUGUGGGCUAUGGCGGAUGGCGAGAGCUUUUGCUGCUGCUCCUCUCAUUGGGCUGCCGCAUCCAUGAGCUGGUAUUCCUCUUCGAUGUGCUCGGAGGGUUCAGUCUGAGGAACAUAGUGACAUGGUGGUGCCACACGCUCGUCGUCUUCGGCACCAACAUGCUGAUGUACAUCAGUUUUGUGUACUACCUCAGCCUCGGGAUUCUCUACUCCGAGCUGAAUGAUUUUGUGCGUUGCGAGCUGCGCGGCCAAUUGCAAUCCCUGCAACGGAAGCACGGACUUCAGCCAGGACGCCAACAACUAAGGAUUGUACGCCGAAAGCUGGACGAGUGCCUGGCACUCUAUAGGGAGAUUUAUUGCCUGGCCACUGCAUUUCAGAAGCUAUUCGAUGCUCCGUUCUUCUUGAGCAUCAUCCAUAACUAUCUUUUUCUGGGUGUCGUCAUUUACAACCUGACUGUCGACGGAUGGUUCGAUGAGCACAAAAUGCAGCUUUGCUUUCUGAUAACCAAAGUGAGUCUCGACUUUCUGCUCGUCACACUGUCAGUCCAAGGAGCAAUGACUCAGUUUAGGGUCAUUCGACGACUCAGUCUGGAGAACUGCGAUGUCAGCGAGCACAAAGACUGGCACACGACAUUUGAUAUGUUCGUCACACAUUUGAAUCUCUACGAGUUUCGGGUGCGUCCACUGGGUCUGUUUGAAGUCUCCAACGAGCUGGUCCUGGUGUUCCUUUCCGCUCUAUUCACCUUUGUAAUUUAUAUUCUACAAUACAAAAUGAAGUCAAAGCAGGAAAGGGAAUAG